AGUGCGCGCUGCGGGCGGGCCGCGUGACGCUGCUGGCGGGCGGCGCGGCGCUCUCGCUCACCUGCGAGGACGACGCGUUCGACUGCGCCGAGCUGCACGCCGCGACACACCUGCUGCCCGCGAUGCCCGCCACGCUGAGGUCGCUGUCGGUGCGCGGGUGCGACCUGGGGGAGGAGCGUCUGUCGUGCGUGCUGGCGCUCGUGAACGCGACGGGGGCGGAGCGCGUCGCGGUGACGGACGCGCGCACACCGCUCCGGCCGCACCACGUGCGCGGCCUGACCGCCGUGCGCACGUUGCGCGUCAGUGUCCGAGAUAAAAUCUCAAUGGGCGUGCCGUACGACGCGCUCGCCGAGCUGCCCGACCUGGAGAGCUUCGCGCUGCUGAUGGCCAACCUGACGCUGGAGGCGGGGGCGGGGACGGCGCUGCCCCGCAUCGCGCGGCUCGAGCUGGCGGGCGGGGAGCUGCGUGCGCUGCCCGCGGCCGCGUUCGCGCGCACGCCGCACCUCGAGCACCUGCUGCUUUGGGGCAACAACAUGGCGGCGAUCCACGCCGACGCGCUGCGCGGCCUCGCCCGCCUGCGCACGCUCAGCCUCAACACCAACGCGCUGACGACGCUGCCGCCGACGUUGCUGCGCGCGACGCCGGCGCUGCGGACGCUGCACGCAUACGGCAACAAGCUCGCCGACCUGCCGACAGACCUGCUCGCCGGACUACAACACCUCGAGGAGGUGAAGAUAUUCAACAACAACGCGUCGUUGUCUGUGGCCGCGGGCGCGCUCGCGGGGCUGCCGGCGCUGCGCCGCGUGACGCUCGAGUCGAGCGGCGUGACGCGCCUGCUCGCGAGCACGCUCGGCGCGUCGCCGCUCGCCGUGCUCUCGCUCGCCCGCAACCGGCUCGCCGCACUGCCCGCCGAGCUGUUCGCCGAGCAGCGCGCGCUACAAACGCUCGAUCUGAGCUACAAUGAGCUGUCGUCUCUGCCGCGCGGCUUGCUCGCGUCGCUCGCCAACCUCACGGACCUCUCCCUCCGGAACAACCGCCUCACAGCACUCGACAGCGAUUGUUUCAUCGGUCUGGCGUCGCUGGUGCGGCUCGACCUGAGCGCCAACUCGCUCGGCCGCCUGCGACCCGACACCUUCGACCCGCUGCAGCAACUUCAGGUGCUGUCGGUGUCGCAAAACUCGUUGGAGCUGGGUGGGGCUGGCUACGGGUACAGCGACGGCGACGUCACCGGCGCCGUGCCGUCCGCCGGCGACUCGCCGUUCCGCGCCCUCAAGCGACUACGGCGGCUGACGUUGUCACACAACCGCAUCGCCGCGGUCGCCGGCGACUGGCGCCUGCUCACCAACCUGCAGACCCUCGACCUCGCCUACAACCACAUCACCGAGAUCACGGACGUGGACAUGGAGUUCCUGAGCAACUGCACCGUCGACCUCCGCCACAACAACAUCAGCGUGGUGGCCGCCCCCGCCCCCGCCCCCGCACCCUCUGCCCUGGAGCUGCGCCUCGCCGACAACCCGCUCGUCUGCGACUGCCGCAUGUUCCCGCUCGCCCGCGCCCUGCGCGCCGCCCCCGCCGCCCCCCGCCUGCCCGGCGCCGUCUGCGCCGCCCCGCCCGCCCUCGCCGGCACCGCCCUGCGCGAACUCGACCCCGCCGUCCUCGCCUGCGACGUCGCCGACUGCGACCCCGACUGCGUCUGCACCUUCCGCCCCGCCGAGCGCCGUCUGCGCCUCGCCUGCGCCGCACCGCCCGCCCGCGCGCCCCGCAUCGAGGGCGACAUCGACGUCGAGCUGCGCCUCACCGCGCCGCCGCCCCCCGAGCUGCGCCCCCCGCCCGGCGUCACGCGCCUUGACCUCGCCGGCCUCGGGCUCGCGGAGCCGCCCCGCCUGCCCCCGCGCCCCCUCCCUGCGCCGCGCCUCGACCUCGACCUCCGCAACAACAGCCUGCGCCGCCCGCCUCUCGAGGCGUUGGCGGCGGGCUGCGGCGCGCUACUCGCCGGCAAUCCGCUCGCCUGCGACUGCGCCGCGCGCUCCGACCUGCUGCGCCUCGAGGCCCUACGCCACCUCGUGCGCGACUUCGAGCUCGUGCGGUGCGCGGGCGGCGGCGCGCUGGCUGGCGUGCGUGUCGCGCGUCUGUGCGUCGCGCGUGACUCCGCUGUCGCCGGCGCCGGCGUCGCGCUGGCGGCGCUGGCCGCGGUGCUACUGCUGCUGUGGGGCGCGCGCCGGCACCGUGCCGCGCUGCGCCGCAUCCUGGUGAAAUUAGGGCUGGCGGCGGAGCUCGCGCCGCCGGCGAGCGAGCUGGAGUACGACGCGACCGUGUGCUUUGCGCCGGCUGACGCGGCGUGGGCGUGGGCGCUGGUCGCGCGGCUGGAGCGCGCGGGGCUGCGGUUGUGCGUGCCGGAGCGCGACUGGGCGCCGGGCGGCGUGAUCGCCGAGCAGGUUGCGCGGUCGGCGGCGCGCGCGCGGCUAGCGCUGGUAGUGGUGUCCGGGGCGCUGGGGGAGGCGGCGUGGGCGCGGUUAGAGCUGGCCGCGGCGGCGGCGCACGGCGGCGCGCUGCUGCUGGUGCGGGAGCCGGCGGCGCUGCAGCUGCCGGCGCUGCGCCCGGUGCUGCCGGCCGCCCGCCGCCUGCGCGCGGACGACCCGCGCCUGGCGGAGCGGCUGGAGCGCGCGCUGCGGCGCGGGGGGGUUGGAGGGGCGCUGGGCCGCGUGCGGCUGCGCCCCGCCCACCUCGCCGCCGCCGGCAAGGGCUCCGAGCUGGUGCUAUCGGCGGUGGACCUGUCCCCGGCCUGGCCGCCGCCCGCCGCCGCCGCCGACGUCGACCUGCUGUUCGACCCGCAGAAGCCGGCGCCGGCCGCCGCACUGUGA